UGGCUAGCUCAGUCGCAGUAGCUGGGAGGCUCACUGAGGGAUCAUCAAACCACGGGGAUCAUCGGUGAGCACCCGAGUUGAAGCUGAGCUGCUCGUCUGAGUGCGGCAAUCAUCAUGGGCCAGCAGCCAGAAGCCAGCCCAACACAGCAUGCUCCGUUAGCCUCUAUAAAAGUCCCAUUCGCGGACCCCUCAUGCAGACAAAGCUGCUCCAUUCCCAAAGCCAGCUCAAACAAAGUCCGCUUCCCAAACUCAAAGUCUCAGCCAGAAGACCUCCCACGCACAGCAGCAUGGCAAUCUCGCUCAACUCCGUCCUCCAGGUGGCACUGGUUGUCGUCUUGGCGGCAUCGCUCAGGAGCGUGGGGGCAGCAGACCCCGACCCCCUCAGCGACAACCCGUCCAACACCGCAAGCUUCACCUUCAGGGGCCUGGGACCCAAUGGCAGCACCACCAUGUCGGCGGGGGGCAGGCGGGCCGGGCUCAGCACCACCCUCUUCCCAGCGCUGACGGGUCAGGGCAUCACGUACGUCCGCUUCGAUUUGGAGCCGUGCUCUAUCAACGAGCCCCACACCCACCCCCGCGCGACCGAGCUCCUGGUGCUCGUGUCGGGGGGUCCCCUCCAAGUGGGCUUUGUGGACACAAGGAGCAACCUUCACGUCGACCUUAUGUACCCCGGGGAUGUCACCAUAUUUCCCCGGGGGUUGAUGCACUACGAACUCAACGUGGGGAACCAGACGGCGCUCUUCUACUCGGCUCUCAACUCUGAGAACCCAGGAACCCUGCCCAUUGCCAACGUGCUCGCCCAGAUCCCGCGGCGGACGCUCGUUGCUGCUAUGAACGUCGGCCCUAACGGAGCAGACGCCUUCAAAGCGGCCCAGCCGCCCGCCAAUGGCAUGAGCACGCUCAUGAAGCUGGACUCGUCGGUCUGUACUCCGAACACCAGAGUUACCACCAUGGAAUGAGAAGUCGGCUGCUACGUGAUUCCGCUCAAGUUAAGAAGUGACGGUCCUAGCUGAAGUAGCUAGUCACAGACCGACUCUAGCAAAAUAUGAGUCAUAAAACCCCAAAGUGCCUAGAGGUGGAUGAAAGGUUUUGAUUGCAGAAAUUGCCAGAAUUACAAGUAAAUCAGUGUUCAUCAGGAACUAGUACGUACUAGGAUCAGGACGUCCUCGACGUCUCGUAGCCGAAUAUCCGAACAUCCCACCGUGGAUUUUCCGGUCGGACGGGCGUCACAGUCGGUUCAGAGUUCCCUUUUCAGACGUUUGGAAAGCUUAGCAGUGUAGAGACCUACUGACUUCUAUGGUCAGAACGCUUGAUUAUUAGGAUGUUGCUGGAAAGAAUCCAUGAGCCGUCAUAUCCAGCUUCAAUAUCUUCAGC